UAUAUUUUCCUGUGUUACAAAAACUCAUAAGGCUAAGGCCUGGCCUCCAAGCUCCUUAUAAGAAGCUUAGUUAGCCCUGAUUCCCAUUAAAAAAAAAAAAAAAACCACCACCAAAAACUCAUACAUAUGCCCCUUUCCCAUUUCCUACCUCCAACUCAUUCACCAUGGCAACCAUAUUACCUAGAGAUGAAUCUGACUACGACAGCAGCUCUUCCUCAAUAACCAUACCUGACUCUAGCGGUAGCUGGAUGAGCAACCUCAGCUUCGGCAGCCGUCGAAGCUCUGUCUCCAUCACGUCUUCUUUAUCUGAAUCUUCACUCUCAUCUUCCCACAAGCCACACAAGGCCAACCAAGUCUCAUGGGAGGCCAUUAAGAGGCUACAAAUCGCCAGUGGCCGAGUUGGGCUCGAUCAUUUUCGUCUGCUUCGCCAGUUAGGCAGUGGAGAUUUAGGGAAUGUCUAUCUUUGCCAGAUAAGAAACCCUGUGGUGGGUUUGCCUCGGUGCUUUUAUGCCAUGAAAGUGGUGGAUAAAGAAACACUUGCUAUAAGGAACAAGUUGCAGAGAGCUGAAAUGGAGAAGGAGAUUCUGGGCAUGCUCGAUCAUCCUUUUUUGCCUACUCUGUACGCAGAGUUCGAGGCUUCUCAUUAUUCAUGCUUGGUGAUGGAGUACUGCUCCGGUGGAGAUUUGUAUGCUGCUAGGCAACGCCAGCCAGGAAGGCGCUUUAACAUUUCAUCUGCUAAGUUUUAUGCUGCUGAAACCCUUUUAGCCCUAGAGUAUCUCCACAUGAUGGGAAUUGUUUACAGAGACCUUAAGCCAGAAAAUGUGUUAGUAAGACAAGAUGGUCACAUAAUGCUUUCAGAUUUCGAUCUUUCUCUCAAAUGCGAUGUGGUUCCAAAGCUUCUAAGGUCUAAAAAACCCAACUUCGAAGCCGUUGAUCACAAGUAUGAAACUUGUUUUACACCAUCUUGCGCCACACCCAUACAGCCUGUGCUUUCUUGUUUCUCAGCUUCCAACGAGAGGAAGAAACCUUCUAGAGUCACAACAAUUACAGAACGAGUUGAUGGUGGUCAUCAUCAAGAAAGUCAAGAACUUGACCCAGAAUUGGUGGCUGAACCCAUCGACGCUCGAUCCAAGUCGUUUGUUGGUACCCACGAGUACUUAGCACCGGAGGUGAUCUCAGGGCAAGGCCAUGGAAGUGCAGUGGAUUGGUGGACUCUAGGGGUGUUCUUGUACGAGAUGUUAUAUGGAAGAACACCUUUCAAAGGUGAAAACAAUGAGAGAACCUUAAUUAACAUCCUUAAACAGCCCUUAACCUUUCCAAGAAUUGUGGUUAGCAGUAGCAAAGAACUUGAAGAAAUGGUAAAAGCCCAAGAUCUUAUAAGCAAGCUUCUAGUGAAGAAUCCCAAGAAGAGAAUUGGCAGCUUAAAGGGCUCUGUUGAACUCAAGAGGCAUGGCUUCUUCAAAGGAGUGAAUUGGGCUUUGAUUAGGUCAGUUAGGCCUCCUGAGCUCCCAAGUGAUGCUUGCAGAAUUACAAGUAGAGCUCACUUACCAAAAUUGAGUAAGAAAGAAAGAGAAGCUCCAUAUCAGAUCCCUCAUCAUUUUGAUUACUUCUAAUUAAACUAGUAAAUGUAAAUAAAUAAAUAAUAGGCAAAACAGGAAGCAAAACUAUCAAUGUAUGACACCAAAGAUCGAGUUGUUUCCAUUGUUUUUCCUGGAAAUGAGAGAUUUAUUAAUAUAUUGAAUUGGAGAAUUAACUAAUCAA